GGAAACGGACCGAUUUUUUUUACAAAACACAAGUUCCAAGUGUGCACUAGCCAACAUUCGUGAAAAAUUAUUCUCUGGCCAUUGAGUGAAGCAGCAGUACAUUAAAACUUAACAAAUUUGAAUUCAAUAAUGCAUUGCGUUUUUCUAGCGUUUUACUUGAGUUUAGCCGUUACGACUUGCAGCGCCACCAUUCUAAGUGGCCCGUACCUAUUUUGGGGGCAUCAAAGCGUAGUUGCUUUACAACCGCGCGCCCUUGUCGAAGCAAGCGAGGACGACCUCACCAAUUUGUUUCAGGACGUCAAAGCGAUUGUGAUUUUUGUGCGAAACGCCACCGGACGCUUGGAUGGCAGUGCUUAUCCAAAGUUCCAACAGCUGGUAAAGAGUAAUGCCUGGGCCUAUUUGCCGCAACAUUUUCUCGCCACUGAACCCUUCAACUACAAUGCCAACAUAGAGGUCAUCAAUCUAACCGGAUCUGCCGAGGAGGAAGAUCAAGUACUCAUAUCUGGAUACGAUGACGCUGUCGCCAUUUACGGUGAAGGCGAGGUACUGGGCAUUUUAGCCAGUCGGGAGGAGGACACACAUUAUAUUGCCAAAAGGGACGCCAAAGAUCGUGACGAACGCACAGAGGAGGAGCGGGGGGCCACAACGACCUCUCAAACGCCAACCGCUGAGGAAGAAGACAAAACCUUUAUUUACGUAGCAGUUGGUCAUAAGGCUGUAUUAUAUGUAACCUCUGCUCCGAUAAUAAACAUCGCCGGCAAGCUCAACAACACUAAGCUUGUGUCGCACAACAAGGAUGUCACCUUCGAUGAUCAAAGGGGAAAGGGCUACGGGCGUCUCAACAUUAUUUUCUCGGUGGAUACACAGAAAUUAUUCUUGCGCUUCAACUUUACAUUGAGUCGUGGUUAUUGGUACAUGAAGGCCGUUGAAGUUGAGUACAAUGAAUACAAAUCGGUUUUGCCUGUUGUGGGUACGCUCUACAGCAUUCCUUCGGCACCUAUUGGCUUCUCGUACCGCUGCUCCUCGCGUAAUUUACAAUUUGGCAACGAGAGCGACAGUCUUACCAUAAGUGACUUUCAGGUCCAGCCCUGGUUGAAUGGAGUACCGCGCUUUGGCGACGUUUACGAUUGUGUUGGAUUUACCACUGCACCCAUUUGGGCUGGCAUAUUAGUAACACUUUUCCUAGUUGGCAUUCUGUCGAUUGGAUUAAUUGCAUUGAUGGACAUUAAAACACCAAACCGAUUUGAAAGCUCUCGCAGCAAGCAAUUGUCACUCUUUAUCCAGGAGUAAUUGAAAUGAGCACAUUAGUCCAGAGGAACCCUUCGUGCGCUGCUUGCAUAAUCGUCUACUAACCAACUACAUAUAUAGAUAGAAAACUAUAGAUAUGACGUAAACAGUUGCUAAAAGUUAAGCUUCUUCGAAAUGUUUAUAUUAAUUGCCUACAGCGUCGCGAAUCCUCUCGUACUCUUCACACUAGCUUUAGAGUUUUUCCUUAUACAUUUAUUAUUUAUUCUAGUUGCCAUGUACAUUUACAUUAUAUUGUUUUAUUGACAUACAUAUGUAUCAUGUUUCAUACAUACACACUUACGUACUUACGUACAGUGUAUGUGCUAAUGUGUCUGUUCCAAUUAAACACUGAAUAUUCAAAUAA